AUGGACUAAACUCCAACAAGUAUCAAUACUUUUACAACAACCGACAAGGAAUUGGAAAAUAACUUGAAGGAUUUGCUGGAGAGGAUUCUAGUGUAUGUGGAGAAAUACAUCGAAACGAAGGAGGAGUUAAAUUAAAUUGAAAAUGAGUUGAAAGACUACGAAAGUUUGUCAUACUUGGUUGGUAUUAUAAAAGUAAUAUUUACUAAACUAAUGCUGAAAAUAGAAAAGAAACUGUUGAAAUUGGAUAAAUGCAACGAUUUGAAUAAGUCUUAUUUGUUAAAGGAUGAUGAAGAAUAUGACAAAUUAGAAUAAAAUCUAAUUAAAUAUGAGCAAGAAAUUCGCAACCACAUUAGCGUUGAGUAACAAUUAAAAUUAUAUGCAGAAUCGAUACAAAGCAAAUUGGAUGAGAGCGAACAAAUCAGAUAAGAAUUAUUGGAAACCACUAAAAAUAAUAUAAGCAAAUUGAAAAGAGAAAAUUAAGAAUUGAAUGAAAAAGAGUAAUAGUUGUAAUAGGAAGUAAUGAAUUUAAAGUAAACCAUAUCAAAUUUAGAGAAAGAAAACAAAAGAAAAUCAAUAGACUCCAACUAAAGAGACUAUUUAUAAGCCUUAAUCAAUAAGCAAUCAAAUUAAUCAUCAUCAAACUAAUAAAAAAAUGGCUCCAAUCAAAAGUUUACCCAGGAUUAAAGGUAAUUGAAUUCCCAUUCUGAACACAAAUCAAAUCCUAAGUAAUUUUUAAAGGAAUAGCAAGAGCUGAUUAUACCCACAUAAUCAUCCCAAAAAUUGAAUUAUUAUAGUAUUAUCACUAAUUCAAAUAACAAACAGAAAUCUGAAGUGAUUAAAUCAAUGCAACAAAAAGAUUUCAACAAUAUUUACAGUUAGAUAAUGAGGACCAAACACAAUUCACUAUCAUCUAUCAAUGAUCUUAUUCAGAAUGCCUCAUAAUAAGACAAAAAGCGAUAGGAUUAAUUUUAAUCCAUUUCAAAGAAUAGUUCCUAGAAUAAUAGUAUGAUUUAGAAGAAUAGAGAAUUCAAACAAAUCGAACCAAUAGAAUUACAAUAGAGAAGUAAGAGUUCCAAACGGGCAGAAGACAUCAUAAAAUUUUAAACUUUAGAAUCAUUAAUAAAAUUAAAGUGA